GGAACAAACGCAAAAGUAGUAUUGUUGCAGUAACUGCUUGAGUAGCAGAGUCCUGAAUUACGACCAGCACUUGAACGUGUCACUCGCCGGUGCAGCCGGAUAGUUUGGGUUACCUCAGAGAAAACAGCGCCAACGGUGAGAUAGCAGCAAUUUGAUACACAGGUCGAUCCUGCAGUGCCAGGCGGAUUACGAUGAUUAAGAAGCGAUGAAAACAAGAUUUACACCGAACCAAGACCGAGGAAAGUUUCGAGUCACUGUUGGGAGAACAAUGCUUUGUUAACACCUGGAGUGAAUCUACCUCUCAACUUAGACAAUAGUGGAACUCGCUGACAUUGCGCACCUAGGACGGCCCUGAAUGUCUAAACUACCAGGAAAUGCAGGUGUGUCGGUGCUCGGGGACAAGUCGCUGGAGUUUUACCGGGACCCGGUGAGCUUCUGCCGGCAGAGAGUCGAGAAACACCACAGCAGAGUGUUUCAGUGUCGUAUCCUCAACAGACCGACCGCCUUCAUCUGCUCCGUGCAGGGGAUGAGAGAGCUGCUGUGCGGUAUGUAGAUUUUACACCUUAUGUGCACGCGUGCGCCGGUGUGCGUUUAUACACACCGGCGCAGGUGAGCAGAACUCUACUACACAGGUAAGGUACAUGGGCUGACUUGAAACCAAAAGACUCAGUAAGACAUCAAGAUUAUUGAGGGAAAUGUAACGCAGUUGGUCACAUAUUGGUAAAUGUAAUUUUCGAUAGUUUCAUGGGGUAUUAAACUUUACAGGGUAGCUUUACAGUAAAAUCAAAGUAGGCUAUCUUUAGCACAUGAUGACCUUUUCUCCUCUGCCUCCAGACAAUGAGUCAGAAAUGACCAAGAGGAAAAUUCCCAUGUAUGGAGUAAAAAUCACCAAGGGAUUAGUCUGAUCUGUCAUGGGAGAGACUCGUGAUGUUGCUGCAAGGGAAGAGAUGUUCAGUACUAGUUUGAUACCCUUUAAAACUGAUGGUUUCACCAAUUCACACUUAUGAUAUAGGCUACCACAACUAAAAGAUCAUCUAGUUUUCUAACAACCCUGGUUUCAACCUAAAGGAAGCUGAGAAAAGAUAAAGAGGAAAUAGGUUUAUAAAUUACUAGAUAGAUAAACUAAGGAAUAAGUUUCUAUAAAAUCACCAUAAACAAGCCUGGAAGAUAAUCAGCUUCGAGUCCUCUGAGCACUAAUCAGAUUUUAUUAGAUAUCUUUUACAGAUGCCUAAAAGCUGAGAUUUAGUUUCAUGACCACAGGGUAGAAUGUGUAAUAAAGAUGUUUAAUACUAACAUUUAAUUCAGCAAAAUGAGACAAACUCAGCAGUUCAUUGUAUUUUCUUUUAUUUCACAGAAAUUGUAGAUAAUGAAGCGUCUGUGGAGUUUAAUAUCUGCAUACAUGAAAAUCCUCUCUGUCAAUUUGGAAAGAGGACUUACUGUAUUAUUCUACCUGAGUUUUGUUAUCUGUAUUACUGCUACUUUUAAUACUGUUCUUAGGCUCUUUGUCUCCUUCUCGAGUGUGCUUUUUGCACAUGGUGUGUUAAGUGUGUAAAUAUAGUUUUUGUAAACAUGUUUUUGAUUGAGUUUGCUUUGCUGUUGUUUUUUUUUAGAUAAAUCCAACUUGUUCAUCAAGGAUCCGACCGACUUGAUGACCAACAUGUACGGUGACACUGUUGUCACCACUAAUGGUAAAUGCACCAAAGUUCACAAAUGUUUGACGGGAAUGCCCCCAAACUAAAACAAAUAUUAAAGCUUUUGAGAAGGGAAAUACAGGUUUCUUGUGACUACACUAAGCUGUACAUGUUUUUUUGCAUUUUUGAUUGUCUCAACUUGGGGUUUUAAUGAGAUUGUUUGACAAUUAUGAUUAUUCGUCAGUACCCAACGUCUAUUGUAUUGAUAAGCCCAUAUAGAUACCUACAACAUUCACAUGAGCUGUGUAAAUAAUAAGUGAUAAUCAAACAGUUGCAAAAUUUGUUUAGACCAAUAAGCCAGUCAAAAAAUGUUGAACUCUAAACGUAAAUGUGACAGUUCAUCCUUUUUAUUAUUUUACGAUGGCUGCAAGUUUUUAAAGUUUACAAAAAAAGUAUGGGCUUCUGAAUAAUUUACAACCCGACCAGUAAACGAUUGAUCACAUGAUCAUGAUCGGUUGGGAUUUAACCUGAUCUUAACACUGCGGUAACUUGAGGUGUGAAGUGCCGUCCCUGGCCCUUUGAAUUACCUCAGUAGACCUAUCACGCUUCAAGCCACUGAAUAGCCUGAGAGGUGUGAUGAGAUAUCAUUAACAAAGGGAUAUAAUGGUGCUCUUAUUCUGACUGUUUCUCUUGGAGGUGUUCCAGUAUGUUGCACUCUAGUUUUGUUUGUUUUGGUUUGUUGAAAUUAAAAAGGGAGGUAUAGACGUUUCGACUGUGCCUCCUCUCUGCCCCAACAACAUCACAAGUAACUUAAAGUCAUCUUCACUGUGUCUUCACUUUACUGACAGCUGUGGUUUUGUAAAAUGAUCCCAGAGAACGAUAAGAAUAAAUACUGUUACAGUUCGUAACAGAAAGAGCAGCACUUUUAAAAGGGUUUACUGAUCUUAAUCCUGAGACAGGCAAACAGGCUGUUUGUUCUAUUUUCUUUUGCUGAAAGUUUAAAACACAGUGUUGUUAAAUGUAGAGUAAAUAGGAAAAAUAAAACUGUAUUUGUAGAAUCAAAAUAACAGCAAAAGUCGGAUAAAAAUAUAUUUCAUACAUCAGAUGAUCUGCAUUUCAGAAGAAAUCUUUGGAUUUAUCCUCACCCCCCCAAAAAACAAACAAACAAAAAAAACACUCUAGUUUUGUUUUGUUUUUGUUAUUUUAAAUAGAUGCCAGUUUUUCUCACUGUAUGCAGACGGAUGACAGUCUGAGUUACUUGUGUUGAUAUAUUUUCAGGAGAGGAGGCUUGUCUGCUGCGCCUGUCUCUCACCAGCCUGUUUUCAGGAAGCUGCUUGGAGUCAUCGAGUGAUUAUAUCACCAGGUAAGGAAAAAGUAACUCAGAAUAUGAUCUGGAGAGUCAUGUGAACUCUGCCUCAUUUUUACUGAACCUGCAUCAUAAAAUCUGCUUUUUUAUCCAUGAUUGUUUCUUUUUCUUUUCCUUUUCCUUAUUUGUCAUUCUUUUCUCUCUUCUAAGAAUCUUUGCAUAUGCUUCAUCAGCAAAACUUUGUAAACUCAUUGAGAUGAAACAUCCCUCCAUAAAAAGAUUUACAGAGUGAUACUGUCUGCCAAAUCAUUGCUGAUUCAUUUUGAAAAAGCUAAAACUUGUCAUUAUUAUGGAUAACAGAUAAUGAAGUAAUUAAUCAAUCAGUCGAACUUAAUUCAUAUUUACAUCAAGUGCUUCGUGAAAAGAGCAGGUCCAGACCAUAGUCUUUGGUGUAAUAUUUUCAUAGUUCCAACAUCAGAAUGAGAAAAAGACUGAGACCUUGUCUGUAUUAAGAAGUCUGUAAUAGGUCCUGUUCUUAUCCCAUCUUGAUCCACCAUAAGCAGAGCACUGAGGCAAUUUUUAAGCUACAGUGGAGAGAAAGGACUUCCUUUAACAGGCAGAAACCUUGAGCAGAACCAGACUGAUGUUAGACUGUCAUCCGCUGAGACUGAGGUGGGUUUAGAGAAGAGAGAGGGGGAGAUGUAGAGAGACAAACAACAACAACUGCUCAUACAACUCAUGUUUACAGAGCCAAUGAUAAUGGAAGAAGUAUGUGUACAGCGUGUUAAGUAAAGUGGACUGAUCUUUAUUUGAUUUAUAGUGAAUACAGUCACCUGGCCUACUUACAGCAUUUUUAAUAAUCAUGUUGUAGUUGAUAUAAGAGUUAUACCAUUGAAAGCAGGUGAUGAUCCAAAACUAUAUAGUAUUACAAUGAUGGUGAGGCUGAUGAUGAUAGUUGAAGCAGCUGGAGUCUGGCAGGUCUUACAGCAUACAUCUGUAGUAAUGAACAAGAAGAAGCUACGAGACAACAGAGCUCAGGGACUUCAAGGCAGAUCUGUUGUUGGUGGUUUUAAUGGGACACACAGACAAAUGCGUGUCCCAGGAGAGAGAGAGGGGAAAGAAAGGGACUCAGUGUAUCAGUUUCCCUAGCAAUGUGAGCCAGUAGCAGCUUAACUUAGAGCUGGUCCAAGCCUGAACGAUCCAUGAAGGAAUAACAAGUAAAUGUAGAGCAUGUUAGUGGUACAAGGGAUAAAAAGUACCACAUAUACUUUGGACUCCUCUCAUCACGCUGUAGACUGAUAUUUUGUGUCUUUUUCUCUGCAGAGUAUGUGAGCGCUGUCUGAAGGACCUCUCCAUGAGGUAACAGUUUACAUAAACCCUUCAGCAAACACAGAGUGGGCUGUCAAACUACUACAUUAAAAUAAACAAUUAUAACUGUUACACAAUAUCCAAACCGGUUUUAGUGGGGCCAAAAACGAUUUCCCUAUUUCUAUGCCCUCUCUUAUAUUGCGUUUGUGUGCAUGUGUGUUUGUGUAGUAGCCAGCCAGAGUGUGCAUACUCUGCUUUUAAGCGUCUGGGGACUGAGCUGGUGUUGGGUCUUUUUCUGAAUGUCCGAGCAGAAGAGCAGCCAGAACUUUACCAGGAAAUUGCACAACUCUGCACCCAGCACUGGCACGGUAGGAACACAAAUAUAAAAAACAAACAAAAAACUAACUGCAGUAUCUGCUUAGUUCUUUUAUUUUAUAGCGGUAAACUCUCUAUCAUUGACUAUAAAAUAUAUUCAUAAGGUGUCAUGAAUCUGUCUUUCUUUUGCAAACAGUUUCAUAGGUGUCCCAACAGCUUUGCAAAAUCUCCUGCUUCCCCUUUUGUUUGAGUCCAAAAGCUGCUGUCUUUUUGUGUGUUGCUCAGUCUUUGCAUGUUUGCUGAGCACCUCCCCUCCUUUCCUGCAGGUCUGAUUUCCGCUCCGGUGAAUGUGAAGGUUCCUAUGUGGUCGUCUGGGUUCUCUACCGCUCUGGACGCUAGAGACAAACUGAUGGAGAUCAUUAAAGACAAACUGGAGAAUGAAAAACAUGGGUGAGACUCCACUUUUUUCCCUUGUGUUUUAUCUCAUACACACAGAAACUCACCUCUAGUAUUGAUUUAAAAUAAUUAUGCUAUUAAUUGUCACGAUUUGCUGUAGCCGGUUCUCUUAUUUUUACCCCCGUCUCUGUUUCUCUGUAGUUUUGUUGGAACUCUUGCCUCCUUGCCGCUGCCUAAAUCCAGCUCUGCCUCACAGCAUCUCCUGCUGUUCAUCUCAGCUCUCAUACCCAAAGCUCUGGCAUCACUGUUAACCUCCUUCACACUGGCUCUCUGUGGAAACAAACAGGUACAUAAUCACAUAUUUCCAGCAUAAAGAGAAUAUCUGCAGAUUUUUGAACCUGGUCACCAGUGUUAUUUUCCUUUUUUUCCACGAGGAAGACGUGAUGUUGACGAGCUAAACAUAAGUCUUAGAUGACUAAAAUGUGACGAGACGAAUGUGCGUUUACGUUGACGAAAAACAAAUAUAAGUUAAAAAAUAUUCUCUCCGUGUUUUAUCGUUCUGAGCAAUAGUCAGGCCUUUGUGUUUAUUUGCCAAAUUCUUUCUGCUCAAAAUCCAAUAUUCAAAAUAUGAUCCCCAGAUGUGUCAGCGGGCCGUGGAAGACCCAGAUUACCUGCACAACGUUCUUCUGGAGGUGCAGAGACUUUGGCCUCCUUUUAUUGGUGGACGUAGAAUAGCUGAUCAGGUAAGAUGAUGGCGUUUCAGUGACCUUCAUGUAGUCCUGUUCAAAAAUAAGAGGUCAGGGGUCAAACUCAAGGCCUUUUCAGAAAAAAAUCUUGUUAUUCACUUUGAAUAUUAAUAGUAGGAUGGAAGGGAUAUACAUUUGGUAUCCCAGUCAAAUAUUUCUUUUUUCAUUUUGGUUCAUAUCUUUAUUAAUUUGUCUCUGACAGUAGUGUUUUUGCUGAUUCUGAGUCUUUUUCCCACAGCAUGAAUGAACACUGUUAAUACUUAGAACUUACUGUGCAAGUCUUAAUUAUUAGUUGAACAAACUGUGACCUUAUAGAUCCUGCAGUGGGAACUUCCCCACAGUUCCUUUUUUUAGUCGGGGUGUGUGAUGGUCAUUCUGGUGCUUUAUGAAUCUAUUAAAGCUGAACAAUUUGUUGUAAAUAGAACUCUAUAACAGUGUGCACAUGUGCAAAGUUCAUGUCAUAAAAAAGGGUUGAUUGAUACAUGUUGCUCUUAAAAAAUAUCGUAUCAUCAAUUUUUUUCCCAUAUCAGCUGGAGUGUUAGUCAUCCUGUACUCUGGCAGAAACAUGAUUUUAUUUGCUGUGUUGGUCCUUUGCCCACUAGAUGGCGACAUAUGACUUCAGCUGAAGUGUACAGCCCCUUCUCUGCCACUCGCACUUGUGUUGGUUUGACGUUACCAAUAGUCAUUGGCUGGACAGAAGCAAUAUUUUACACUAUCUUUAUUCUAAUCCUACAUUAUAUGCCAUUUCAGUUCAGUCUUUUGAUGUCCACCUUUUGCAGAUCGUCACUUUAAGACUUGUAAGUGUACAGUUAGUGCUUAGCUACUCUUGUUGGGAGUGUUGAAUGACUGAAUAACCUCUUUACUUUAGUAACUUUGGGCAUGGUGAAUACAGUGGUACACUUAUUUAACAUAUAAGACAGAAAUCACCAUGAUACAAAAAGCAGUUAUGAUACUGAUCACUCCUAGCGCUGUGUUCCAGCUCCAACAGAGGUCUGUCUAUCAGUAUUCAUGAAGCACAUGUCUAUCAUCCUGACACGACUCAUAAAAUAAUGUUCUGACAUUUCUAGGACAGUGUUUUCGUGUUUCGUGUCUCGUGACGCGAUUGUUAAAAGUUCUUUGACCUGUAUUGUUGUGUAAAUCUGUAUCCAUUUCAGCAUCUUGUAUCAUGUAGGCUGACUGUAUCUGUUAUAGCAUCGAUUUUCAUUCAUUAAAAUGAUCGUUAUCUGGUUUGACAUCAGCACCGCUGGCCAAUAGAAUCCGUUCUUUUCUUGAGGCACUGUCUCUGAUUGGCCAGCAGCUCACAGUUGCUCCGCCUCCUCCCACCCUUGCUGUCACAGAUCAUUGAGGCCUCAUCUAACGGCCUUAUGCAACAGUCCAAUCAGAGGCAUUGAUCCAUCUCUGUGAUUGAUUGGCUCCGCUUCCCUCCCGGAAGGAUGUGAGUGAGGGGGCCGUAGCGUUUAGUCGGGGGGAGUGAUGUGUGCCGGUGACACUGAAGCUGAGUGGAAAGUCAUUUGUCACUUCUAGGAAGCGCAUCAGUACAUUCUGAUUCAUGUGGGCCUCCCUCAGUGGGACACAGUGGGCGUACAGUAUGGUACAGUAUGUGCAAAAGUUGAUUAUUGUAUGGAAAAGGGUAGUCAAAGAUGUGAUGCAUUUCUGAAUUAAAAGCAUAAAGCCCAAGAAGGAUUAUUGGAUAGUGAAAAGGAAAGAAAAAGGGAAAAAAUGUUUUAAUAGUUAUGCUGUCUCAAGCUAACUGGAUUAUUAAUAUUCAGUAAGAGCAGGUCAGCUGAUUGGUUCUUAUUGUGUUUGAGAAAAUACAACAGUACAGUAAUUCUAACAAGGGAGAAACAAAGUAGCUUCAUUAAGUAGUUGUAGAUGUAAGAAUAGUGUAUCUUCCAAGUAGACUAAUGCCGCAAAGGACUUUUGGAGGUUAUCUUUAAUUAUUGAAAAAGAGAUAAAAAUCCAGGGUUAAUACUGCAGAUAAAAUUUUAAAAAGUCCAAUAUUUCAUUCAUAUCGAAAUCAUAUGUUCAUGGUUAUCUGAGCCAGACACAUGCUUUGAAUAGAUUUUUAAUGAAUUUAGAAAAUAUAUCGAUGAUAUCAGCCUUGUUGAUGCAGAUACGAUGCUGAAAACUAAAAAACUGCCAUUAUUUCAGACAACCAACUGACUGGUCUGUCUGUAUCGUUCAGUAGCCAAAUUAUAGAGCUGUUUUGUGGACUACUUUCAGAUAAUAGGUGAUUAACUCAAUCACUCAAAUACUUUCUCCUAAAGUCUUAAACUGUAUUGACCCAAAUUCAAGACAGGUUUCUCUUCCAAGACAGACAUGUGAUCAAGAGGAGGUCUGAUGUACUUAACUUUUUGUUAGUUUCUUUUAUAAAGGUAAGAUUUGGUCCAAAGUGUGUCCAUGUGUCCCCAAACUGUCCUUAAUAAAAACAAGAAGGAAGUACUUGAUCAGUGGAGACAAGUUAAUGCAGUGUUUCUGUGUACAGGUAGGUGCAUACAAAAGAGAGAGAUUGUUAGUAUUCAUGAUCAGGUGGAAAAAAGGAGAUGCUCUAACCAGGUGGAACUAAGAUAUGCAACAGCUUUUGCAGCUUGAGUGUGUUUGUGUGUUUGUGUGAGAGAGCAAGAGGGAGAGAGUGAACUCAGCAAGGGCAUCUGUCAGUGAGAGAGAAAGAGGAGAUUUGUAAAAGAUUUUCCACUCCAGCAGAGAGAGCGAGGGAGAGAAUUGAGUAAGAGGGAAGAGGGAAGAGAAACAGUGAUCAUGUUCUGUGGCAGUCCAUUAGUGCAGUUACUAAUGGAUGUCGUGAAAAGACGAAUUAAAAGGGCAACAAUUGAGAGUGGGGUCUUUUUGCCCCAAGGUGGCUCCUCUUCAGAAUGGGAGAUUUGGUUCAGAAUGGGAUGCAGUUUUCAUUUGAGCUAAACAUCAGGGUUAGAGAAGUCACCCAUUCAUUUCAUCUCAGAGCGUUUUUAACAGCAUAUUCUCAGGAUUGCAUCAGUUUGUCUUUCCAAGCAAUGAAAACAUUUUUAAAAAUUCUUUAACGUACUAAAAAAUCUUAAACAGGAAUAUUGAAAAAUAUUCUUGAAUCAAGUCAUUAUGGGGAGGAGGAUUUGGCAUUUGCAUGAAGAGGAGCCCACGGAAAGGCACACUCACCCUACCAGGAGCAGUGAUUUUCUUUUACACAUCGUUUCUGCCAAUAUUUGGAUGUUCAUUAUAAAUGCAAGUUUGAACAAAUGUCCUCAUAUUCUAUGAAUUCAUGUCAAAGCCUCUUAAUCUCGUAGGACAUGCCAAAAUGUAUCAAAAAGCUGAUGAAGAAUAUUAAAGAUAAAGAAGUAUUGAAGGUGUUAAAGCACUUAGCAUCACUGGAGAGACUAGAAAUGUAGAUGUGAAUGACACUUGACUCAAUAAGCUCAUACUGUGGCGUCCUCUUCUCCUUGUUUUCACAAAGGACGCCACCCUUGCAGGAUUUCUUGUCCCCAAGAAUCAUGGUGUCAUCUAUAUCAGCCACUCCAUACACCGGGACCCUGAGGUCUUCCACGAGCCCGACAGCUUCCUACCAGAGAGAUGGAGCGGAGGGUGAGGAUCUUUAAGUUGUCUUUCUAAUCAGAAAAUAGAAUUACCAAAAGAGUUAAUAGUUAAGGAAAUGUUUAGUAGAGGUUGUUAUAGUUCACUCUGUGCUUUUUAGGUGUGACAUAAUAGUUGACCCCAGGUACAAACAAAUGCCAAGACUAAUAAAUGUUCACACUAGGAUGUAAACAGUAAAUAUGAGCUCUUGUCGUCCGGGUAACGGCACUUAUCUAAUGAACCCAGUUGCCUCUUGAGAUGAUGAUCCAAAUCAGUUUUUCACCUGUAAUAAUUUUUACAAUGUUCCACCAAAAGAAGUAUCAGUAGGAUGAUUCCCAUUAUAAUAAAAACACAUGUUUCCGUAGUGCAUUUAAAACAGAAUUUGAUUAUGUUUACAUCAAGUGUCUGUGUCUAUUUGUAGUCUUGUGUUAAGACAGUGUCUUAUGCUCUGGAAUUAAAAAUGUUGAUUAUUUUUUAAUUAUCUAAUCAGCUUUUUCUGGGAUCUAAAUUAUUACAUGCAUUCUAAAGCUGUACAUUUUUGUAAUUUACAUACUUGUUGCCACAGUGUUACCUUGGCAACCAAUGCAGAUAAAUUAACAGUGCCCGAGCUUACAGAUCUGACUCAGACUUGAUUACUGUCACAUCCACUAUAAAGAAAAUAAGAUUUUCUGAGUUAGAAAAUCAGCUGAAGACUGCUCACGGAUGACAUCUCUCUGAUUUCUACCUGCUCCACUGAUAAAAUCUGAUCUGUUUCCUCCACCUUAUUCACUCUCUCUGUUGACUGAUUCUCUAUUCAAGCAUUUCCUCCAUUCACCUGGUUUCCUCAUUCAUGCUUGUUCAUUCAGGCAACACAGCAGAGAGAGGGGGAAAAAAUCUAUGAAUGUAUGUAUGUAGGAAGCUGCUGCCAUGGAAACCAGUCACAUGACACCGUUUUUACCAAUAGGGAAUCCCUCUGUGUAUGUCUGUGUGUGAGUGUAAUAUGUGUGUGUGUAUGUGCAGGGUGGGGGGGAGGAAAAAAAACCCCUGGAGGGGGGAUGGGAUGCUGAAAAAAUGAGUCAGAGAAGAUCAUAGUCUUUAUUUAUGAGUGUAUAUGAGACUCUUGGAACAAAAAAAGGGUGAUUCCUCCAACAUUAAUGUCCUUCUUUUAUUUACAGCUUUCUCUUUAUUUAAAGAAAACAAGAAUCAAAGCUUUUCUAACAGAGAUAAAAUGAUGAAUCCCCCUGAUUACCCUUACAUAUGAUCCUGAACUGAAUCUUUUUCCCUUGUGCAGAAAAAAUAAAUAAUUAGACAUAUAAAAAACUUCAAUGUACCUUUAAUUUUGGAGGUCAGAUACAGUGUGCAUGACUAUUGUGUUAGUGACCCUAUGACCUCAGAGUAAAGGUUUACCCUCAUAUUUAAUUUGGAGUAUCUCUGUCAACUUAUUUAGAGAAAACACUGAAAAGUUUCCCUACAAUGCAAAAAAUAGAGCAAAUACACCCUAGAUUAAAAUAUAUAUAUAAAUUCAAAAUGUAUUUUAUCAAAUAUUACUUUCAACUGUCGGAGAUGAUCAGCUUAAACUUCAAACAAUCUUACUUUAGUAAUGGGUGUCAUUUGAAUUCAUCUAAUGAGAUUAAUUGACAGGGAGCUGCUACCAUGGCAACUGGCCACCUCAUACCCGUUUUUACCAAUGGGGAUUCCCUGUGUGCCUCGUGUGUGCCGUCUGCUCUGCAGGAUAGGAUGGGGUUAAAAGGAUGAGUCAGAGAAGAUCUUUUCCUGGAGAAAAUAUGAUGUCAAUCUAAUUUCUGCAAAGGCCCCCCCGAAACUGAAAAACAGAUCAUUUUUUAGGAUUUUGACAUUUGCUACAAAUAACAUCCGCGAUGUUAUCGCACUGAAAAAUACUGACUGUGUCGCUCAGUCUUGCAUUCAAGAGGCCGAAAAGAGCUCCAUUGUUCCCAACAAGUGCUUAUGAUUACAAAUGUGGGUGCUCAGCUUCUGUGGAAAUGGAUUUGGCUUUUUUUUUUUUAUGAAUGAACUUUAUGAGAUUAAUGUCAGCAGUAGAGAGCACUUGGCCUAAGGCUGGGAGGUUGUUGCAGAUGUAGAAUUGUGUUUGAUGUUAUUGUUCGUCUUAACUGCUGCUCGCAUGACUGACUGUCCCUCUGGAGUUAUUCAUUAUCUAUCUUUCUUUUAGCGAGUUAGUUUGUGUAUCUCUGUGUGUGGGAAGGGCAGGGGUGUGUUGUGUGUUUGUUUAUCCUUCCAUCUAUCUUCCGGUCUGUUUCCCCUUUCCUCCUACCUGCCUCCUUUCUCUGCCUCUCCAUCUGUCAGUCUUCCUGGAGAUUAUUUCCCUGUCUGCCUUGAUAGCUGCCUGGCUCCUCAGUGCCACCUGGCUCUUUAAAGUAAUGACUGCAGUGCUGUUACAUAACAAGCCCACCUACGAUAACUACACUUUAGACACGUUGUCUGUUUAGGUGUGUGUUUCUGUGCUAAAGAUGUGUACACUGUUCACUGUGUGGGUCUCAUCAACCUGUCUGUGAAUGUGUUUUUCCAGUAGGAAGCAAAGCUGGCAGGUUAACAUCCUACCAGCCGCCCCCUCCCACCUCCCCUGGGCUCAAACAGAUAGAAAUCCUACCUACUGCAGUGGGUUGUGUUGCUAGUUUCAUAUAUCUGAAAACAGUUUCCUCUGUUUUUGGAGUGAGUUCUCAAAAUGACAUAUCGGUUUUAGAGCCUGAUUAUAAUGAUGAAUAAAUGAUGUAUAAAUCUGCAGUGUAACUCAAGGUAAAAUAAAAGCACAAACAACAUAUAGAGAACUUUUUACAGAGAUUCACUCGAAGAAUCUACUGUUCCCUCAAGUUAUUAAACAUAAUCAGGAUGUGCUCAAAGCAGGCGUAAUGAAACAUCAAACCAUUAGAGAUGAGCGUCAGCGAACACUCAUAUUCCUCCCUCUCUCUCUCUCUCUCUCUCUCUGUCUGUCUUUAAGCCUCUCACUCACACCGGACCCAGACUCAAACACACGGCUAAUGCUUCCUGUUAGCCUUUAAUCAGCGCUCAGGUUUCAGGAAGACAGGAUGCAUUAGCAUUGAGAGGGGAAAGAUGGUCUACAUUAGAAGGCUGUUGAUAAACCUGUGGGCUGGAAACAACCACCACCAGCAGCAGCAGUAGCAGCUCCAGCAGCAGCAUCUCUCUAUUUUAAACAUAUUUUUGGAGGCAUUACACAGCAAACUCAUGACACAGUGGCAGAGAGUCAGACAGACAUGUGUGAAGUGGGGGUGGGCGGUAGAGCUUAAAAUUCAUUCCGCAUAAUUCCAGGAAAUCUGAUAAUAAUUGGCAGCAUUUAUAAGUGCAAACAAAAUGAAGGGCAUUUUCCAUUAAAGCAGCAGCGUAUUCGUCCACCUGCACCUGUAACUAGUGGAUCCAAAAACCUACCAGCCACUCAUUACUCUCAACGACCACUUUAUUUUAACCAACAGAGCUGAGUGAUGAGUAAUGAUAGACUUUUAGUAUUACAACUGAAUAGUAAAUCCACAAGUUCUUUACAAACAGAUAAAAAGUGUAUUUUAUUUAUUCUUGUUUCAAAGUAUUAGGCUCUGGUUAGUGCCUCUGUUUUUUUUGCCAACCAGCCUGAUUUAGCUGCUGCUAAACUGAGUCUGAGAGGAGAGUGAGUCAUUUUUUUUUAAACAGUAUCAGGAAAGUCAUCAUUGGCACAUUGGUUGUGAUCGUACCCUACCUAACCCCCCUCCCCCAUUGCUUUUUACCAUUUAAGGAGUUAUGUUCACUUCCUGCUGCUGAGAACAUUACAUUUCCUGAUGUGGCUGUGAAUUUGUUAGAUAUAUAAUGUGUCUAUUCAAUAACAAUGAAGGAGUAGAAAUAUUUACAGCCUACUUCUUGAAUUCAUCAUAGAGAUGAGCUUAUCUUUGCUUAAAACGUAUCCCUAGGCAGGCAGAACUGCGGUACGAGGGGUAUUAGUUCCUGUUGAAAUGGUUCAAGCCAUUUUAGCAAACAGCAUCAGUAAAAAGCCCCAGACAGACCCAAAGAAAGAGCGAGCACAACCAUUUCAUGUUAUUGUUUUGAGCUGACAUCAAACUUCAAGGGGAGGGGCACAAAUUUACUGCAUGACUUAUCUUCCACGCACUUCCACUGCAAACUUUAUCAUCAGCUUUGACACCAGAAAGAGGCAAACAUGCAAGUCCACCUGUCUCUGCUGUUAUUCCACAUACGCAUCAAAUUAAUACAUCACUGAUAGUGUGAUAUAACACUUUUCUGAAAGGUAAAGAAAUGUAUUCUGGUAAUAUUACGGAAAGUAUGAUAUUAUUUAUUAUUAUUCUGCUGAGGGAUGGGAACUGUUAAUGGAGUUUAAUCUAGUUCUACUGAGCAAUACUGUCCUUCUAAUUUUAAAAAUCACUUUAAAAAAACCUCUAAUGCAGUCCUUGAAUAUUUUUCAUAACAUUUAUUUUUCUCGAUCCCUCUGCUUGUAUUUGCGAAUGUGUGUAACCAUGUAACUGUGUAUUUGUCUGGGCAGGAAUGCAGGUCAGGAGCAUCUCUUGUGUUCGUUCGGCAAUGGGCCCAGAGGCUGCAUCGGAACUAAACUCACAGAUGUCUUCCUCAAGGUGACUGCAUCUCUUUUCUCAUAUCACUGCAUUUUCAAACAAGCCCUACGUAUACAUGUGCCAACUUUAUACUCAUUAGUGAUGUCUAUAUUUCCUGUAGUGCAGUUUUUUUAUAGAUAGAGGAAGACUGAGGGGUGUCAUGUUCAUAAUCUUUCUGAGCUUCAUUUAGUGAAUCAUCUUCGGCCGCAGAAACCUACUAUAAUGCUGUGAUUUGUGGUUUUUCAGCCUCAGCUCUGCGUUUUUCAUUUCGGUUUCGGUGUCACAGGGUUAGGAGGGGAGUCAUCAGGACUUAGCAAAGUGCUGAUGGAAAAUUUACUACCAAAGUGUUUACUCUCCUUCAGGGAGGGGAGAGAGGAUGCAACUGUGCUGAUGGAGGAUAAAACGAGCAAUAUCACUGCUGUGGGAGAGAGAGAGAGAGAGAGAGAGAGAGAAAGCCGGUUAGGUUUUCAGAAAACUCCAAGUGUAGCAUUUAAAAGACAGAUUUUCUGCCCAAGUUAUGGUAUCAUACUAUAUCUUUUAAUAUUUGACCAUACAACCCUUCAUUUAUAUACAUCUCUUAAUAUUAUAAAGUUUCUCUUUUCAAGCAGAACUUACUGUUUUGGUCACAGCUGAACACCUCUGAUACUGGGAUCAUGAAUUUGUGCUUCUAGAAGAUAAUGCUCCUGUAGUUAUGAAUGAAUCCUAUAAUAUGACUUAUGAACAAAGAACAGCAUCAAUAUGAGUUUUAAGUUGGCCACCAAAUUGGGAUGUUUGGGUCAACGCCAUCAGAGACCAGAGAGACAAUGAUAAAGUCUGCCUCUCCCAAAAUCAAUUCUUAUCUUCAUUGGCUCCCCCACAGCGGCCUUGAAAAGCUGUUAUGUCUCUUCCUGAUGCUCGGCUCUAUCCUCCCCAACCCCCCCUCCUCCUCUGGUGAACUUUGUUUCUGGAUCAGAACUCUCCAAGGCCGUCUCCUGAUAUCAGACAGCUAGGACAUAUGAGAGGGGCUGAGAUGGCGACAAUGCCACAGGCUUACACAAACACAUACAUGAAGAAUAAUCACACACAUCACAUGCUUAUGUGCUGAGGUGUUUUUUACUGAUCCCACACUGUGCCCUUCUAUGGGAGCAGGGUCUGGAGUUGCCUUUUUUUGCCCUCUGCCUCCCUCAUGUUCUCCUUUUUUCUCAUCUAAGAAAAAGGAGCGCCGGUCUGCUUUGACCCAACAGCUCUCCUGUUCCUGUCCCCCCGUAUGUGUCUGUCUACUGUAUGUUUCUUGGAAGGGAUGGACUGUAAAUUGGGAAUUUCCCCUUGUGGGACUAAUAAAGGAGUAUCUUAUCUUAUCUUAUCUUAAGUUUCAAAUCCUGUUAAUUCAACAAAAGACCAACAAUGACAGACAGGGAGAGACGAACCAAUCAGUCUUUUAGGAGGGAAAUGCUCGUGGAUAUGAUGAAACGCUUCGCUGUGUCUUCGUACAUAUGUUAAAUAGAGAUCUCACACAGGGCGCCAAAGAGCCCAGGUACAGACUGUCCUGUUUAAAGCACCUAUCAGUCUCCACGGCACUGCUCACCAUAGCAAACUUUUCCUACACACUCCAGAGACACAAAGACUAACAGGCGCACGUGCAUGCAAGGCCUGCGGGAGGCAGCAGAAAGAGACAGGUGUGUUACAGGUGUGAUAACAGGAAGGAGAUAGAAGGUUUAUUUCCCUUGUGAAGAUGUUCCCUCUGAGAACAGCUGUGUGUGUGUGUGGGUGCCAUGUGAGCUCUGACACAGGAGAAUUCGGGGAUGACACCGUCUUAAAAACAAACACUGAGACGGUGGAUUUCAGAGGUUUUUAUUGGAAACUUUUGCAACUGGCUGCCAACUUUUAGACAACCUUCGUGUAACACCUCUCUUUCUCACACAGAACAAAUACAGUUUACAAUACUGACAGAGAAGGCUUUCAAAGUUUUAAAAGUUAGAUGAACAAAAAAAAGAAAUGGAUCCCUGGCUUAGGUGGACUCUAAAAAGGACAAAAGUGGAAGGUAAGGGAAACCCUUGCCACUCAGUUCUCAGGACUUGUAAUAACAAUCUGAGCCUGUCAGCGGUGUAGUAAAGCACUUGUAGUGGACUCAGUUUGACGAUGCAUAAUUGCUCGGUCGAACUACAUUUUAGCUCGUUUCACAGCUGCCAGCUGCUCCGCUCUCCUUCAACCCUGGACCAAUUUCAGAAACCGUUCUCCCCAUCAGUCACGCGCUGGGAAAAUAAGGCCCAGGUUGAAAAAUAUUGAAGCUCCCCUUUAAUUUGUACCCCACAGCUGGAAUGCCCACUGAUUCUGUCACCUUAUUUUUAGUCACCCAGUUUAGGUUAUGAAUAAAACAGGCUGAAAAUAUUUUGCUUUUACUUUUUUAAAGGAAAAUUUGGCUGUUUGCUGAUUCUUGUGAUUCCUGGAUCCCUUAAUCCAGGGCCAGCUUUUGCAAGAGUGAAGACUUACUCAGCGGAUGUGCUCCGAUUGGCUGUUUUUUCCUCAGUCUUUACUCUCAUCAAUUGUCAGGUUAUGCUCCCCUGUCAUCUUAUUUCUUCUAAUAUUGCUGUGUCAACUGCUCAGUGUUGUUUUUUCUCGAUGGACAUGACAGGAAAUAAUGGAUGAUGGAGCAGAGGGAAGGAAGCAGAUUGUGCUUGUCAGCCAAUGGGAAGCUUAUCUCAGCAGUUCGUAUCCGUUGAGUCAGACAAACAGAUAAAAUGGGUUAUUUAACAGCUAGUAAUCGCAAGUAAUCACUAUGAGCAAAAGACGAUAAAAACAGGCACCACAAGUGGUCCCUAAAAGUGAAGCAUAAAGGUCUAGAGUUCUCCUUCUGGACUGGCUCCAGCACAGAUCCAUCUAUAUAGUUAAAAUACACGUCUCUAUAGUUAGUUAUAGUGCUAAUUGAUGUGCAAGUGUUCAUCGCUAAAGAAGUUCAUUUUAACUGCAGGUUAAAGUCACAGUUUUGCAUUUUUCCAAUUCUUAACUUAUUUUCAGGUAUUUAUAUUCAAGAAUCAUUUUAGUUUUACACGACUCUGAAUAAGUUUUCUCUGAUCUUGAUAAAAAAUAAAUAGAAUUACUUUCAAAAACUUGGACAGGGUACCGAUCCACUCAAAAAAGAGCUUCAACAGUGUUGACGAAAGACUGAUAAAACGUGAAAAACACCAACUAUACCAAAAUAAAACUACUUCAGUAUAAAAAAAAAAUGGUUGUUUGAAUCAGAUGCUGGGUUUUUUUUGUGGUACAUAUGUGUCAUCCGGGUCAUCUGUGGAUUAAAUUUUCAUUUUCACUGACACAGGCCGGUCACCUGUCAACUAAUAACAGUGUUCGAGUUCUUGAGCUCUUGUCCAGUUUUUUCCUCUCCUGCAUUAAGACUUUCAACAAACCCAGCACUCAGAAACCUGCACAGCCUCCAUCUCUUUGUUCAUUUUCUAACAAUGAUGCAUUGAACCACCCUUUUCGUUGUAACCUGACCUCCUACAGCCGAGCUACUUGGCUGUUUAAGAUGUAUCUGGUUUGCUCUCAGUAGACUGACCACUCGUGCAUACCACCACAUGCACACACACGCACACACACACACACAAGGGCGUGACCAGGGUAAAAAGUAGACCGCGGGGAUCUGGGUCAGAGAUGUGACUCAUCGCCUUCUUGCUUCCUCCUUCCCCUUUUUCCCUUCCUCCCACCCCCUUCAUUAUCAUCCUUCCUCCAUUUCCUUCUGUCCCCCCUUCCUCUGUCAGGUUCAUUCAUCCACCCCCUCCCACUCUAUCAUGAGAAUCUUCAUUCAUAAAAUGGGGGAAGGCGGAGCAACUGGCUGUCACUAGUGGGUCGGAUUGGUCGAAUCUGUGGCAAGAUUGUCAGCCAAUGGCAGUGGCUAAUGCGAUCUCACCAGGCAUGAUGCUCUGAGUGUAGUUAGUAUGUGAAGUAAAAUGGAUCGGAGUCUCAUUUGUCUCCUGUCUUGUUGUCGAGGUUAUAGUGAGAAAAAGCCUGAGCAGGAAGCAGAGUGAUAUGAGCGGGUGACGAUGUGCUGAAAACUGAGAAUGGUGCAUGUUUGUUAUUGAGCUUUCCUAUAUGUGGAAACAUGCACAAAUAUUUUUUAAUGUUUUUGAUUAAAGUCUUUUUCUUCUUAAAGGUGUUGUGUUGCAUCUCUAUUUUCAAACCUGAAACAAAAUUCCAAUCAACAUGGAGAUUAUUUAGGGAGGCUGCAGCUUUACAAGUGCGAGUCAUAUUCAGUGUUUGCAAAGUCUCUCUUCUGCCAAGAGCGAUCCUGUGGAACAUUUUGUUUUUGCAAACUAUGAAGUGAUCAUCUGCCCUGCCCCCAACCCUAUAACUAUAUUUAGUCUGUUAUGCAGAGAGAGUGGUGCAAAGGCUCAGAGAUACCAUGGACAGUGUGUUUGCUAAACAGUUCCUUCCUUUUUUCCUACCAGGAAGCCUGUAUGUACCUGCUAAAGCACUACAACUGGUGUUUGGAUCCUCCAUCACAAGACCUGGAGUAUAAAUGGCUGCCUGUGUCUCGCCCCAUCAACACCCCAACCGUCUCCUUCAGCCGACUGGAUCAGAGCAAAUCUGACAGGAGCCACAGCAGCUAGAGAUGCACAGUAUGCUUAGUGACGCACCUGCUAAUAAGGUAGAGGAGAAAACAAAAAACAACAUAGUAUGCAAACUGAAAUCUGCAGCUGAAAACAUGGUGCCUCUCUAGAAUGUGCAGAAAAAGCUGAAAAAUAUGUGGAGACACAAAGGGAAGCCAGCAAACUGUGAGGCUUCCCCCCGCUGUGUUUAAUACAGUAAUCGUUGAGGGAGGGGAAGCCAAGAAGUGCGGGUUUCUCUGUGUUCCACUGCCAGAUACUCUGCAGCUUCGCUUGAUGAAUCUGCAACAGAGGAAAAACCGGUAUGACUCAUUCUUCCAGUGUUCAAUCUGACACUUAAAGCAGCUUUUGUGGUCUGUAUUUAAGUGAGCCAUUUAUUCCACUCCAAAAUAGAUUAACAGCAAAACUUCCUCAAUGAUCCAGUCAUAAGACACCAGAUUUUAGUUGACCUUCAUUAUUGCUAUCUGUGUUUUGGUAUUUGUUGUAAACAGAACUUGAAACGACCUUUAAAAAGGCAGCUCCUAUGUUGUAGAGAUUAAGGUUUUCCAAACACUGUGGGAUCACGAUUCAAACGAAAUAACUCUGUGGAGACACACGUGCACGCAGCAUGCAGAGGUAAACCCUCAGAUUUCAUCACUCGCCAAACCUGUGCCCCACCCCCACCACCACCUAGCAACCACAACUGCUUAGCAACGGUUCAUCAUCCAGACACUGACUUGCUUUCUUUUCGUAUGCAAGUCUCACACAUGCAGGACAAACAAACACACACACACACACAACCUGGUAAUUUCUGACAGCAGGUGGCAAUGACACAUGCACCGCUGAAUCACAUGCUAGCAAUAAUAGGGCAUCUUAGAGCUCAUGCCAAUAUCUUGAAUAACCUUAGGGGGAUUAAUCAUUUUUAGAAAACAUGAAUCAUAAACAGAUCUCAUUUUUAGUCAUGAAUUUAUGCCACAGUGAUUGAUUUUAGUGUACACUUAUUUAUUGAUAAUCAAAGGUAAAUCAUAUUCAGUAUGUUGUUUUAUAUUUUGUGUACUGUGCUUUUGUCUUUUGUUCACGUUUAAGUGUUGUUUUCUUAAUGUCAGAUGUUAAAUGUUAGAGCCAGAGUCUUACUUUCUUUUAAUGGAGUCCAACGUACACCACUGCUGGAAACUGUUAACCGUUAUGUUGUGUGUCUGACAACAUUUCCUGUGUGUUAUGUUUUAGUAAAAACAAAAGUGACAUUUGGAUUCGCUGUAGUUGCUUUUGUUCACAUUUAGAAGUAAGUGACGCCCUUUUCCGAGUGAAUUGGUGACAGCUAUUAACAUACUGUAGACAAAAGGUUGGAUGAUUCAAGGACCCCAAAAAAUUAAGAAAUAAAAACUCUGACAUAUUUUUACACCACUUUUCUCUCAUUUUUGCCUUUUGCUCUUUUUUAUGAAUUAAAACACUGUUAUCUUAUUUAAAGCUAUCUUACUGCUUUUUAAGAAAAAAAACUGUCCUCUCUCUUUAAAUUCUUGAAUAAUACAUGCUAUUUUAUUCAAAGCAAGAAUUAAACUGUCCAAUUUAAAAUAUAUUUAUUCUAUAAUGUAGUAAAACUCAAUUCAAGUCUUUUUACCUUUAUUGUUAAGGACGGUUUUGGUGAGGAGGAGGCACUGAGUCACAGAAAUGCAUCUUUUAUACACCGUCCGUUAUAUUACCCAGCAGCAAACAUAUGGGCAGUCUGAAUGUAUUCUGUGAAUGAAGAAGCCUGGAGGGUUGAACACUCAAACAUGUUAAUAAUGCUGUCUGCUCUCCGCAUAAUCAGCUAUAGGCAUGUGUCUCAGAAAGAUGCUUUUGUCCUGCAGAGCCGCUCACACACACAAACACACACACACACAAACACACACACACUCCAAUUCUUCCUCUCAUUCACACUAAAUUAAGACGCAGACAUGCAUUUUUCUCACUUACUCAUUCCAUGUCUGUUUCUCGCUCACACUCGCACAUACAGAGAUCUCACUUCACACAGACUGAGGCAGAAAACGGGGUUCUUGGGAACAGAGUGAGUCAUUGCUCUCCCAGCACUUUUCUCUUACAGUGAAUCCUCUAAUAUUUAAUUUAUUUGGGCGUCUACUAUGUCAGUUGAUCCUUAAAACUUAAAUAACUGAGUAAAUGUUUGUCCUGGUGCAUUUUUAUAUUCAAAAAUAUACCGUAAAGUAGCUCCACUACGUCUAGAGUCACCUGAUAACUGCUCAGUCUAAGACAUAAAGAAAUCCUGAGUCCAUUUAAAACAGGAAAUUGAGCAUUUUUCAUAACUUAGCAUGUUUGCAUUAUAACCUAAAUGAAUGUAUUGUACCUGGACUGAUUAAAUUAGAGCACAAUGUCUGCUCUAGAGAAUUGUGGGUCAUCUGAUGAACAGAUCAGCAUUUUAUGUGGAAUUUUUGGUUGAAUUCAAGGACAAACCAGCCAUCUGUGCGCCCCUUCACAUUUUAUAACGUGAUUCAAUCAGCUGACUGUGUAUCCCUUAAACAAAGGUCUAGUGAAUUUGCUCCUUUGCUUGUAAUGUUCUUGAAUUCUAAGAAUUUGAUGUGCAAAAUAUGGAUAUUUUCCCACACCUGGAUGUAAAGAGCCACUUCAUACCUGUAAAUAAGAAUCGAGUAGGAGUUUAAAUGUUCAUUAAAUGCACAUGACUCUUAACUCAGUAUAAUCUACCAUCAUGCACAUGUGGCUUUAGUUUGUAGGUGGUCACAAUAGACAGAAGCACAGAAUAACAACACAAUUCCAAUAAAUGAAAUUUAAGAUGUGUAAGUAUAGAGUAAUGCUGCUGGAACAGAUAACAUGGAGUACAGAAGCAUGUUGCAUUCACACAAUUUUAAUGUUUUUCUGUUCUGUUCUUCGGACAGUUUUUUUUUCUGUUUUUCAUAGUAUUUUUUUUUGUAGACUUUUUUUUUGUUUGUUUUGUUUUGUUUUUCAAACUAAUUGUUUUUCCUAUCCUCUGGGAUCAUGAUCAUAUAAAAACAGACGAUUUCA